UUGCUCUUUCCUCGACGCUAACCCAUCUCAUUGGUUUUGGUAAACAAACGCCACACUCAACUCAACCAUCACGCUCAACCAUCAUACUUAACCAUCACGGCGAUGGAUGACGAAAACCCCCUCGGUCCUCAGCCGGAGAUCAAUUUGCUCGGCCGAUCGAUGCGUACUGCUGCCCCUGAACUGGGGAAAUUCCAAAAUCUACCUGUGAUUGCCGCCGGCGAAGCAAUUCUAGCCGCGAUUCAGGAAAUGAGACAUGACCUAAGCGAGCGACUUACUCGUCUUGAAGAGAGAAUCAAUCAGAACGUCCAGAAACUCGCUACUAGAAUAACAACAAGGCACUCGUUAUCCCUCUAUUUUCUAAUAUUACUAUGCUAAAUUCUAUAGUGAUCUCAAUAAUACAGCCCGAGUCCAAAAUUCUUACCUCUUGAGAGCAUCGGGACCCCUUUCGCCAUUUGUUGACCUAGUGACCGGUGGUCUUAUUGCCGGAUUCCUAGCUACAUCUGCACACCUUGCUCGGAUGAGUGCACGUGAAGUCGAUACUGUUAUGGAACAGCUGGGCCUACAAACUGCUGGUCUAAGUCUGCAAGCGAACAAAAGACGAUUCAAGAUGCAUAUCGGCUUGAAAUCUCAGGCUGAUGAUCCACCGGCAUAAAGAUACGAAUGAGAAUUGUAUUGACGAGUGCGGGAUCACGAGUUGUGAAGAGCACGAACAAACACUGUAUUGAUAGAUUACGAUCAGCGAUGAAUAAUGCGGGGUAGCGGCAAAAUUGCAUCCUACACCAAUAUUAUGGGCUGUGCCCGACGUUUUGAACUAGAAGCUGAUUUCCCUGCAACAACCUUACAAAUAUAAUGUACGGAACUCGGGUGGUGCGCACUUAUUUCCGCUCUGGAGAAGGGCAGGUCGUCAGUGCAAAGGCGGAGACCAUCAUGGAUGACUGAAUUAUGAACAGUGGUAGGGGAGGCCUGCAUAUUAUAUAUUAGUUUUGGUAUUUCAUCGCCAGUUGGAGAGGAUUUUAAAAAUGAGCAGGCUCGGAUUCUUGGCAUAUAUGCUCAGACGGUCGAUUUACCGAAGUCCCGGAUUCCAUAAAGCAUUCUCGAUCAGCUCCAUUUCCCACCGUUUAGUCUCUCGCUCGGCAAGAUCAGCUAUGGAUGCGGACGAGUUCAGAGAGGCGGCACAUGCGGCCAUUGAAGAGAUUAUUGCAUAUAACCAAAAUAUAGCGGAUUAUCCCGUGCUUCCCAAAGUGAAACCGGGAUUUCUAGCACCUCAAUUACCAAAGACAGCUCCAGAAAAGCCACAGCCAUGGUCGCAAAUCCAACCGGACAUUGCAUCCAAGAUUGUCCCCGGGCUCACGCACUGGCAAUCGCCAAAGUUCAUGGCCUUCUUCCCAGCAGGAGUAACGUACCCUUCGAUGUUGGGAGAGUUGUAUUCCGCUGCGUUUACCGCCCCAGCCUUCAACUGGUUAUGUAGCCCGUCCUGUACGGAGCUGGAGACGGUAGUCAUGGACUGGUUGGCUCGAGCAUUCGAUCUACCCCAAGAGUUUCUCAGCACGUCGGCCACAGGCGGUGGAGGGACGAUCCAGGGUUCAGCCUCCGAAGCGGUCGUGACAUGCAUGGUGGCCGCGCGAGAACGGUAUCUCCAUACCAAAUGCGACGCUGAAGGUCUUGCCCCCGGCUCACAGGAGCGCGAGGACCGGAUCGCGUUCCUGCGCGGACGACUGGUGGCAUUGUCAUCCGACCAAGCCCAUUCCUCCACCCAGAAAGGUGCAUUGAUCGCCGGAACCCGCUACCGGUCUAUUGCUGCCAAGCUUGACAACCAGCUGUCCUUGAAGGCUGAAGCGCUGGAAGCCGUCCUCGCGCAGUGCAAGGCUGAGGGGUUGGAACCAUACUACAUUACGCUGACUUUGGGCACCACGUCGACAUGCGCCGUCGACGAUUUCGCUGGGCUGGCACCGAUCCUGAAAGCCCACCCGAACCUGUGGGUCCAUGUCGACGCCGCCUAUGCAGGAGCAGCGCUUGUUUGUCCCGAAUAUUCGUCAAAGUACUCCCCUUUGAUGAAGAUAGCCGACUCGUUCAACAUGAACAUGCAUAAGUGGCUGCUGGUCAAUUUCGACGCCUCAUGUCUGUUUGUCCAAAACAGAAACCAUCUGACUCGAGCGCUUUCCAUCUCCGCUGCUUACUAUGCCAAUAAACAUACGGACAGUGGUCUGGUCACGGAUUACCGCGACUGGCAGAUCCCUCUUGGUCGUCGGUUCCGCGCGUUGAAGAUUUGGUUCGUCAUGCGCAACUACGGUGUGGAAGGCCUGCAAAACCAUAUUCGAAAGACGGUGGCGAUAGGAGAGACCUUUGCUGAUUUGGUACGCGGAAGGUCGGACUUGUUUGAGCUCGUCACGGAGCCCGCUUUCGCUCUGACCUGUUUCCGAGUCAAACCUUCUGUGUUGAUGGAGAUACAAAGCACAGCGGAAACGGAGGCGGAUUUCGUUCCACAGACCGCGGCGGCUCAGCAGCAUGAGCAGGAGGCCAAUGCGGCCACGAAGCAUAUCGGCGAGCUUAUCAACGAGCGUGGCGAGGUCUUUCUGACCUGCAGCAGCUCAGCGGGCAAGUCUUUCAUCCGUGUUGUCAGUGGCAACCCGAACGCAGAGGAGAAGUAUGUUAGAGCGGCUUUUGACGUGAUUGUUAAAACUACAGAAGAAGUUCUGGGCAACCGGCGGUCGGCUGAUGGCAAAGCUGUUGCAGAUGGACAUGCGGGAUAGAGGUUUUCAAUGGCGAUGAGCAUGACUAUAGGUAUAUGGCCUUGGUAUAUACAAAAUUUUUUAGAAAUCGUUGGUAGGGAGCGUACUGCCAGUCGUCCCGAGGAGGUUUGGAUGCUUGAAACAUCUGGCAAGUCCAACUGUGAUAGACCAAAAGCUCAGGCUGUUCUGCUUACGGUGACUGGGGAUGGAUGGCUUUUCCCUAGAUACCUAGCCUCGGCCGGCCUUCACUAUCACCGCCCCGACUUCACGGGCGGCCUCCCUCGAGUUGAAUACCUAAACAUAUAUUUCACACUCGCACAAUUCCCUUCAACAAUCGCCACUUCACCACCAUCGGGUCCUAUGGCCUAGGUGGGUAGGUUGAUUUGGGAUUGGUGCCUAGUCUCGAGUUCAACAACUAGGUCGGCUAUAAAAUACUUCUCAACCACAAUUGUUCGGUCAAAAAACCCUAAUGGCAUAAAACACCGGGGGUUUUCAGUCACUCACACACCUCCUGUACGACUGGGGCUUGUGAGACCUGUUUUUUUGCUUUUG